AUGCAGCAGUCCUCUCGAGAUCAAGCCCCUUUGGGAGUACGGCUGCCACUCGCCAAAUUCUCAUACACAGCCACAGCUCUCAACUCGCACGCCCGGAUGGUCUGGACUCACGUCAAUGGGAACGGAGAUCUGUUUUGUGAGAUAGAAGAAAGAGUUGCAGGCGAAUGGUUUCAGCCAACUUUAAUCCUGAAGGUCGUCCAGAAUGACAAGACUCUGGAACACAUUGAUCUUGGACAGCAUGUUCGGGAACUCAGCAGCAAUCCGAGAUCCAGCCAGGAUUAUGCAGAUGCAAAGCCAGUCUUUGCCGUGAUGGUGAAAGUGCCCUCUGUCGCAAUCAAGUAUCCACAGGAUAGCACCCAUAUGCGUCGGUUCCAAGUCAGGUUCACCGAGGACCGCCAUUACUACACCACGCUAUCCAUGCUCAGCGGUAUCAAUUGUCCCUUGGCGGAAGGCGCUAUGCCCGCCUUGCGUCGGCCACCCUCAUCCUUAUCUGGGGCAUCGGUACCGACAGUCCAGAUGACAAAGAAGCCUCUACGUGAUGUGGGGAAUGCGAUUACACCUGAAAGCAAUGCUCCAGGGUCAUUCGGUCAUAUAGCCCGGACUGCAUCUGAUAUGGAGACGGUGGCCUCCAAUGCCCAGUCUAUUAGCUCAACCAAGCUUCGUCAGCCCAUCUCCGUCCUCUUGCCGGAUCCACGAACGGUGCAAAACCUUGAGUCAGAGAACGAGCCCCCAGUCGGACGCUCUCCUCGAGGCAACAUUGCACAGACAGGGCAGCAAGCAUCCCAGCCAGGUCCUGCCCGUCACUCUUCUGGGUUGAUCUAUCGUGAUCAAGAACUCAACCGGAUGCUUCCCCCAAAGAGGGACCUGCCUUUCGCAAAGCCGAAGUCGAAGAUGUCUCGGGCUGAUACUUCAAGCCUAAAAUCAAGCCAGCAAAUCGUCCCCGAGUCCUCUUACCCGGAACCAGACAUCGUGAAACGGCGGGAAUCUUUGAUGUCUGAGUCACAGUCCCAGCAACUCAUUCAGACACAGCCCUACCCGGAGACACUGGAGUCGUUGCAGCACUCCUCGCAAAUCCAGGCGACUCUGCCUUAUCCCGAUACUAACACUCAAACGCAGCAACCAGCCAUCCAGUCUUCAGCAGCCGUGUCCAGUAAGCAUUCUCAGACGAAUGGACGUUCUCAACCCAAUGGCCGUUCUCAGAACGACGAGAAUGUCAACGCACCAAACGUCCAAGAGCCUCAAUCCGCGGAACAACCUGCGUCCAUGUCCGUGGAAGAACAGCUCGCGCAGUACCUCAAGUCACCGACUCCGGAGCGCACUGAGUUCCUCAACACCUGGAUGUGCGAUUUGAUCCAAGAUGAGAAUUUUGUAACCCUUUGCGAAGAUAUGGAGGGAACAUGGAGACGGUUCGCUUUCGGGAUGAACCUGUGA